GACUGCAGGACACUGGGGGCAGUGAUUAGUUGAUUAGGACUUUCCCAAUGGUGACCAGCCAACCCAGAACACACAUGAGACUCAAGAGUAACAACAGCAAGAGCCGACGGUUGAGGCAGCUGUUCCGGAGACCAGAGGGUGCGAGAGCGGGAACCGGGGCAGUCAGCUGAGAGCCAGCAGAGGCCUGAAGCAAGCCUUUUAUUCCGACUCUCACGGACCGUCCACUCUGGAAGAGCCUUGCGUUUGGAGCAGACUGAUGUUAAUUCAACACUACCUCGACAAUAUCAAGUGAGACGUCAAACAAAGCGAAAUGGAGACCGAUAACGUGCUAAAGCGGCAGUGGCUUCGAACGGAGAGCUAUGACCAGAAGCUGGAGCACCGGGCCGCGAAACACGAAUGCCUUCGUGAUCGCAACAAUGUCACGAGCUGCCGCAGCCCGGGCACUCCGCAAGAGUCCGAUUGGAAGAGAAACAUGAGGAGCAAAAGACAGAGGGAGUUCCAGAAGAGGAGGCAAAUUAGCAGCGACGCUGCACUCGUCUCUGGCGGGAAAGAAACGACUCAAAAAGAGAAAGUGACCCUGAGGGGGAACAGGCGGAAAGUGCCGUUAAUCCACAGACAGUCACUGGUGUCAUCACAGGAUUUGGGCAUCAUCUGGCCACACAUCAGUGCGUCUGCUGAGACAUCAUGGAUGUCACCAACAGGUACAGAGCAGGAACAUGACACAGGAAUGACGAGCGCUGUUCUUGACCUCACAUCCAGCACAGGCAGCUUUUUGGAAGGAGGGAUACCCCUGAGGAGUAGUGUGUGGACCAGUGAGGAAGCUCAAAACAACAAAAGGAGCAGACCUGUAGAUGUAAGCGACUUCAGCUGCCAGACAGAGUGUGGUUAUGUAACCAUAAAGGAGGAGGAUCUUUUUCAGCUAGGAGAGUAUUUAAAGGAGGCGCUGUGGAGAGAAGAGACCCUCAAGCAGAAGCUGGCUCUUCUUCAGCAGGAAACCUCCACCUUACUGGCGUACUGUGACAAAAUGUGGAGGGCGUGCUUUAAGGAAGACUUGAUGAAAUGUCAAAUUGGUGCUCUUGAGUCUCAGCUAGAGGUGUGCUUCCAGAGGUUUUCUAAGGACGAAGGCAAGAGGCUGUUGAUGCUGAUGGAGGAGCAGUUCCGUCUGGAGGAGGAACGGACGGUGGCCAGCCUACAGAGGAUCACAGAGGAGAAAACACAGGCCCUGGACAGGGUCAUCAGCCUAGAGAGGGCGGUGGAGAGGGCCCAGGAGGAGUCGAACCACUGGAGGCAGCUCCAUGAGGAGCAGGGGUUGGUGUGUGCCCAGCUGAGGGUCUCCUUACAGCAUUGCUCUGACCAGACACUCACACUGCAGAGCCAGAUGGAGAAAUCAGCCCUCCACGAAGCUCUCCUGCAGGAGCAGCUGCAGCAACUGCAGGAGCAGUGUGCCACCUUCCUGGAACAGGACCAACACAGUGUGCAUCAGAAGGAUACAAAAAGUUCAAUAGCCCCACCGUCAGGCCACCACAGCACGACGCAAGCAUGUCAUCAUAAAGGAAGACCGAAUGCCAUGGUGGUAACGGAGUUGUCCACGACAGAUCACAACUGCCAGCCAGUGGUCAAAGCACCACAACAGGGGACGACUCGACACACAAGGGGGAUGAGGCGCCACUUCCUUCGGACUGGCUUGUGUCUCUUCCUUCUGGUCCUGUUCCUGGUUGCCAUGACGCUCUUAUGGUUCCACCAUCCAACGAACAAAGAGGAGCUGGAGAAGCUCUACCUGAUCAUGGAGAACUAUGCAGAGAGAUGCAUACAGGAAGUGACCUCACUAGAGUAUCCAAAGUGCUUUAAACCCAUUUGAUGGGAGGCCCAACUGAAGAAAACAGUCUAAGCUAUGAAACUGAAAUUUUAUUUACUCAUGUUUGUACAGAUAGUUUCAGGUCAAAUAUUUUUUUAUA